GGGGCAGGGGCAGGGCAGGCAAGGGCUCGGCUGCAGAGGAGCCAGGAUGCAGAGAAGAAGUAGCCCCUUCCUGGGUGCCCUGGCCCUCCUUCUGGGCUUCCUUAUGGUCUGCCUGGGGGCCUUCCUCAUCUCCUCAGGCUCGCUGCUCAGCUAUGGGGAGAACACCAUCUUGUCCUAUUGUCUCCUGCCGCUGGGGUUUCUCAUCCUUCUGAGUGGGAUUUUCUGGAGCACCUACCAGCAGGCGAGAGCAAGCAAAGGGAUGUUUACUCAUGUGCUUGGGCGGCCCCUUGCUCUCAGGACGGCCUCAAUCCCUGCUACAGUGGAUAGGCCAGACUUCUACCCUCCAGCUUAUGGAGAAAGCCUGGAUUCUGAGAAGCAGGCCUGCCCUGGGCAGGAAGCGGCCCCUGCUGGUCCUCCACCACUGUACGCAGAGCAGAGCCUUGAACUUGAGGAUGAAAGCCAUGCCAGUUCUGAGGCCCCACCAUCCUACGAAGAGUCAGUGGGUGGCAGGACAAUGCAGGCAGUCAUGUGGCCUGUGGACACUGAGAGGCAGAGCUGAGAGGGCUGAGGCAGGCCUGACUCCAGCACAACCGAUGCCCCCUCUGGGACCUGGAUGCAAAAAAUAAAGUGUAGGCAAGAAACUGUGGGAGCAGAAGCCACAUGGGGGACCAUGCCUGAGAGCUCACUGACACUGUGAGUGACCACAACUCCACGGAUGUGCUAGGUCUGCAAGAUCUAGGCAAGUUCCUAGCCCAAAGGUAUAGUCUGCACCUCCUGAACAUAUGCAAGGAUUUGAGUUCAUACAAACCUAGGCAGGCCUUUGAGCUGCCAAAGAGGCCCGAGAGCUCUGCCCUGAACAGUCUCUUUACUAUCGAUACCUCAGGAAUUGCACUGUGCCUGGAAUGUGUCUCCACAUGGAACACAGGUGAAGAGCCACGCAUUUUCAGACUUGAGACACUGAUUUGAAAUCCCAGUUUUUAUCCUUUUAUUCUCCUCUUUAGCUUUUCUUAUUUCUUUAUUGGGGAGUUAAUGGUUUACAUUCGACAGUGAAUACAAUAGUUUGUACAUGCAUAACAUUCCCCAGUUUUCCAUAUAACAAU